AUGUCGCUGAUGUCAUCAAAGCGUACGUUAAAGGAAAUUCUUGAUUCCGAAUACGUCGAGGACAGUGAUGAUGAGAAUUCGAAAUCAAGUGGAGAAGAAGAUGAAGCAGUAGAACCUGCUCAGCAGCAGAUUAAUCCUGACUACUGCAAUGAAUGUCAGGAUAUGAAGAUCGAGAUGAAGUGUAACGAUUGUGAAGAACAGUUCUGUGUUACAUGUUUCGAUAUGCUCCACCGUGGUGGUAAAAGAAAAAGCCAUGGAUUCGUCAAGUUAAAUGAUGAAGAGGACCAUGGUAAGAAUGAUACUCCUACAGAGGAAGCGGAACAGAAGAAACUGCAAGAUAUGAACAACGCUUCGGAUGAGAAAGAAGCAGAAAGUUCCAACGUCCACAUCCCAAAUACCGGGAUUGAUGAUAAACUCCUAGCACAGUUGUAUAAACAUUCACAGUACAUUCCUCUGAGAUUAACACAUGAAGAGAGGCAUUUAUUGAGAUUGUUAGAAGCUGCUUUGGAAGUGUCAGAAUAUACUGAUCGUGUUGAUAUCUUGUCAUACCAGUCAAAAUCAAAGAGAAUACUCGAGCAAUUAAGAGAAAUGUGUUCCGUGUUAUGCGGCUUAGUGAUCGCAUCCAAUUUGAAAAUCGGUAAGAGAUUGUUGGAGUUGAAGAACUUUAGUGAUAAUGCAGAAUGGUUCAAAGACAUAUUCGAAAUUGGAAGACGUUAUAAAAUUAUGAAUCCUGACAGAAUGAGAACUACAUUCGGUAAGUUAUGCUACAUGGUAAUGGACUCCAGAUUACCUGACAUUGAGGAUCAUAUGGAGUUCCAUCUCUUCAAACCAAUAAAAACAGUCCAUACUUUCCUCGGGAAAAGUGAGGAUCAUGGGAGAGCUCUUGCUGUUUUCCAAGAUAAGUUAAUUCUUUACGCUACCGCAGAUAUUAGUCCUACAGGUAAAACCAGGGCCGAGAUCCAAAGAAUGAUCAAGCAAAAAGAGGCUGCUACUGAAAAAUUAGCUUCUAAAUACAGUACCUCUGUCUAUUCGAAGGAAGACAUCCGUCAAGUUCUAUAUUCUAUUAGUGAUUACAACGCAUACGUCAACUCUAAUAGAAGGCCAAUUAUGAGAUUACUUGAAAGACUUGAGGUAUUCCGUGAUCCAGCUAUCAAACAAAGGUACUCGUUAGGUAUCCAGUAUGGUAGAAAUGGAGCCAGAUUAACUCAUGAUCACGAAAGACAGUGGCAUUAUGCACAGCAGUCGUUGAUGUUGUGGUCGGUAAUUCAAAGAGAAAUGGUACAUUUAUGGUAUAUUGCUGACCAGGAUCUGUUCAAUGGCUCAUCUUACAGAUUGACGUCUACAGGCCAGGGUUUAAACCGUAUCAAAUCCUGUCCUGCUCUUUAUAAAGAAAUGCAUAACAUUUUAAAUGAGUGCAGAUUGAAAUGUGAGUCCUGGGUUGGCUCCUCGGUUGUACAUCUUGGAGAUGACGCAGUGCCUAAUGCAUUGUUUUUCCUUGAUAAAUAUACCCAAAUUCCAAAUAUAUUGAUCCCAUUCGAUCAAACGCUACUACAGAUCAACGAUCUUGUGAAGAAUGACGCCAACUUGGAAGAUUACAUUGUAAAAGAAUACGGCUCGGUAAACGACCUGAAAUUAACAAUUUUACAGGACGCGUUUGCUCACAUGUUUGACGGUUCUGGUGCUGAUAACUUCUACAUGAGUGGUUCCUGCAUUGAUGGUAGAUUAACGUCUGCUUGGAAUCACACAAACCAGAUUUCCAAGAAGAAAUACUAUAAUAUCUUCUUGAUGACAAGAUUUAUCGGUUUUAACGGAAACCAAGGAUUCUAA